AUGAUCCGAAACUUACAGAGCCGGCAAAUUGAGCUUAAAGGAAUCCAUGCAUAUCCCGAACUAAAAGAUCAAGAAACGCGAUUUACUCGGCUUAAAUGGGAUGGAGCAAAAGCUGUGGAUACCAACACAAUUCACGAUCAAUAUCUUGAUCGAAGUGAUAUUUCAAGAAUGGCAAGGCUUGAGAUUUUGGAUGAGCUGGAAGAAUGGCAUUUGCUUGCUGCUCAUUAUUGUGUCGCCUGGGCUUACAAAUCAGCUACUGCAAAAGAAGCGUUUUCAUGCGUCCAACUUGAUCGCAAGUAG